AAGCGGCGGCUGCGAGCGCGGACGACGGUUGUCUUCACCUAGCGCUGGAAUGGACGAGGAACUCGCCGCGGAGGGAAGGAGGGCGUGGAGUUGCUGCUGCUGUGGCGAUGGUGUCACCAGCUUUCCUCUCUGCUGCCGGCACCAGAGCCACCGGUGGAGGAGCGUCGCGGCUCCUCGGUCGUCCGCCUGAGAGCGCUGGGAGUCCGGGGCUCUGAGAUGGAGCGGCGCGGCAGAGCCAAAGAGGACCUGCCGAGAGAGGAGAAGCGCCGGGAGAAGAGGCUGAAGACCAGCAGGCUGUUGAGAAGGAAACCCUUCAAGUCCGUGGGGAGCUUCAUGAGCAGGAUGAUGAAAACUUUGGCCACUUUCGCCCACUUCGGUGAGGCGGAGGCGCCGGACCUGGAGGAGGACGACGGAGGCUUCCGAGAUGGCGCACCUUGCACUCUGGGCUCCGGGCUGCUCCAGGAGGACUCGCUGGAGGCUCGGCUCGUCCAGAACACGUCGAGCACCUCUUCCUCUCUGUGUCGGGAGAAGCUGCUGUACCAGUGCGGGGACAGGAUCCCGGGAGUUCUGGGUCUGAAGAACCACGGAAACACGUGCUUUAUGAACGCGGUGGUUCAGUGCUUGAGCAACACGGACCUUCUGGCCGAAUACCUGGGGCUGGACUGGUACAAGCUGGACCUGGGGGACACGCGGGGGAACGGCAUGUCGAAAGAUGCGAGAGGAGAAGUAACGGAACAAUUGGCGUCACUCGUCCGAGCCCUGUGGACUCUGGAAUACACCCCUCAACUGUCAGUGGACUUCAAGGCCAUCGUCUCCAAGUAUGGCUCACAGUUCCGUGGUCAUUCCCAACACGACGCUCUGGAGUUCCUCCUGUGGCUCCUGGACCGAGUUCAUGAAGACGUCACCCUGGCCACCCACAACAACAACAACAACAUGACGGAGCCUCUGGUGAAGGCUGUGGAUGGAGCUGUGGAGGUGCCAGCUCCCGACCUGUCGCUGGCCCAGCACCCCCAACUUCAGCACAGCUUCGUCCAGGAACAUUUCCAGGCGCAGUACAAAUCUUCGCUGACGUGUCCUCACUGUCUGAAACAGAGCAACACCUUUGACCCCUUCCUGUGCAUCUCACUGCCCAUUCCUCUGCGUCAGACCAGGCCGCUGUGCGUGAUUCUGGUGUUCAGCACCAAAGGGCAGCGCUACCUGCGGGUCGGGUUUGCUGUGCCGCUCUUCAGCUCCGUGGCCUGUUUGAGGAGGAUGGUGGCCGACGAGGGCAAACUCUCCCCGGACCAGGUGAUCCUCACCGAGGUCUACUCCACGGGGUUCCAGCGCUCCUUCUUCGACGAGGAUGACCUCACCACCAUCGCCGACAACGACAUCGUCUACGCCUUCCAGGCUCCGCCCCUUUACGUGCGAGCCUGCUCAUCCCACUUCUCAGGAUUCCAUCACAGCCUGCCCUCUUCACCGUACGCUGCAGGCCCUGAAGGUCAAAGGUUAAUCGCCUCUGGUACUUUGUCGUCCGAGUUCCUCAACCAGGCAGUCCCGAUGAAGAUACUACUUCUGGUCUGCAACGCAGCAGGAGCUGGACAACAGGCCGUCAGGUUUGGGCCACCGUUCCUGAUGAGGGAGGACCGUUCCAUUUCCUGGGACCAGCUUCAGCAGAGCAUCCUCAGCAAGCUGUACUACCUGAUGAUCAACGGAGCCCCGGCGCAGAACACCAGAGUCCUCUUCAACAUCCGAGUGGUCGGGGGGUCCGUCUUCUACAGCUACCUGUCGCCUGCCGACCCGCGGCCGCUGCACCACCCGGCCGUGGACAGAGCGCUGAAGCUGUGCGGUUCAGGAGGACCGCCCCAUGUGAAGCUGAUCAUCGAGUGGGAGCACAGAAUCAAGGACUGUCUGUUUGGGAAGAUCCAGGAGGAGGUGGUGAAGGACUCAGACAGUGUGAAGAACCAGCAGCAGCAGCACGUGCAGCAGUACAGCUGCACGCUGGACGAGUGCUUCCAGCUCUACACCAAAGAGGAGCAGUUGGCUCCUGACGACGCCUGGAAGUGUCCCCACUGUAAGCAGCUGCAGCAGGGGACGGUGAAGAUGAGCCUGUGGACGCUGCCGGACAUCCUCAUCCUGCACCUGAAGCGCUUCAGGCAGGUGGGUGAGCGACGCAACAAGCUCACCACCUUUGUGCGCUUUCCUCUGGUGGAUCUGGACAUGAGCCCGCACAUGGUCAACCGCAACCACCAGCACCACCUGCAGGCAGCAUGGAAGCAACCACGACGGCCUGAUUACACCUCGCCCAACUUCCUGUACGACCUUUACGCCGUGUGCAACCAUCACGGAGGGAUGCACGGAGGCCAUUACACAGCCUCCUGCAGGAACUCUGUGGACGGCCAGUGGUACAGCUACGACGACAGCAGCGCAGAGCCGGUUCCCGAGGCCGACGUGUGCACUCGGGGCGCCUACAUCCUCUUCUACCAGAGGAGGGACAGCAUCCCGCCGUGGUCCGCCAGCUCCUCCCUCACAGGGUCCACCAGCUCGUCCACGUCCGACCACUGGCUGGUGAGACUGACAGGGGGCAGCAAGAGCGGAAGUCUGCUGUCGUCCGGAGUCGCCCCAGGAGCCUUGGUGUCCUCACAACCGCCUGAGUCUCCGGAGCUGCCCGUGUUUUCAGAGGAACACUCCCACACAAAUGGGUUCGAGUCUUUGGCUCGAGGGACCCAAGGCAGAAGUCACAGCAUGCGCUCUCCAAUGAAACCCAAGGAGAUCUCCAACAAGCUCCGAUGGUCAUUUGGCCCCAAGGACAGAACCAAGCCUGCCGUUCGGACCCAAACUGGGGAGCUGGUGCGAUAUCUGGAGUCAGGUCGUCGUCCCCGUUGCACCAAGGACCCCAUCGUGGCGUUGGUCUCCACCCCUCCUCUGAGGAAUGGAAGAGGGUCUGAUGGGGGACAGGACCGCAGUUCUCCAAGUGGCUGCAGUUGCCCGGACAGCUCAGACACUUGCUACUCCCCGAAAAUACCAGAGGGACAGAGCAGAGUUCUGAGCGAAAGAGAGGUCAAGAGACUUGUCAAUGUCAGUGGGAGUAGAGGUGACAGUUCUCUGACGAGGAUCUCGAAAUCGGCUCACCAGGCUCCGAGCGGGACGGUGGACCAGCUCCAAGCAGGGGGUCAAUUCAGCCACAGUGCACCCCCAAGCAGAGACUCCACAUUGAGAAGAACCAAGAUCCAGAAGGGAGGGGGGACACAUAAAGACCUUCUACACAUGGUCCUCCAACCGGACGACAGGAGGCCGCCGAAAAACCAGGAGGGGCGGAGUCACGAGAGCCUCUUGUCAUUUUUCAAAAGCAGUUUUCUAAAGAAAGACGGCACGAGAUCACCUGUCGUGGGACAUGACAAGAGGGUGAAUGGACAUGCUCACCAAGUUGCUUGCAACAAUCUAGCAAAGCAGUCUCUCUCCAAUGGAAUGCUGACCUCAGUGGCGGUGGACGAGAAGAGAGGCCGCGCUCCUCGUCCACGCUGUGACUCCCAGAACUGCCGGGUCCAACUCUCCAACGGAAAAGCCGGCUGUCUAGAACCGGUCGACAUCAAAAGAGCCCACAGCUCCAGCAACAUCCAGGACAAGAUGGAGCUGACGUUCCGCAGGUGCGCCUCGCUGCAGAGAAACGGCGACAUGGUGGGUCACCCGUCCCACAGAGUCCUGCUCCCCGACAAGCCCAGUUUUGCCACCAUGCAGAGGAGCCGCUACAGCACCACCUCGCUCGUGCCUCUGUGACCAAGCGCAGAAGUCAACAGCAGGAGGCGCCGUGGGGCAGAGGGUCCUCUUCUUUUCAUAGCACUGUUAGCUUUUGUGUGUCUUAAACUGAAACUAUGCAGGGGAGAAUCACUGAUUCUGAGGCGCGGUGUCGUCUUCUCCACGCUUUUUUCAAUCAACUGUGGCUCUCCACUCCUUCACGUUCUUCCCCUCAUUUCCUUCCAGGGGUGCUGGAGUCGUAGUGAGCAAAAGUGGGUAGGACUGAGGGCUCAAAAAACAGUGGAAGUCUGUUGGUGCCGAGGAAGGAAUGCGACAAAACUCUCACUCCGUACACAAGAACAACAGCGGGGGUGUGAAACGGAGUCACGGCUGGAGAGCUGCUGUGAUGAAGUGUCGUCACUGGUGUGAGGACCAGUAGGUGGCAGUCUGCUGUACUUGGUGAAAUCACUUUCUCAACGACAGGACGAGUUUCUCUGGCCUGGUGUGCAGUAGUCGCACCUGAAGACUUGCUGAACUUCGGGGUCGCAUCUCUGCUUCAGGUGUAACAGCAUCCUCGUGCAGUAGAGGGCGCCUUUCGUCUCACCUCCUGCUGCACCCGCUCAAACACGUGACUUGCAGCACCCUACCUGUCCCACUUCAGAGCGCCAGCUGCGCAUGUUGACAGGAUUCUCAUCAUAAUCAAUGUAUCUGAUUUACCAGUGAAAUUCAUCUGAGUUUGAGACACACGGAUGAGGUUGAAAUUAACCCUUUUUUUUCAAAUACUGUCUGCUUUCGAGCUGUUUUUCAUUGAGACGUCGAAUACAUGCCGCAUUAUCCUUUUCAACAUGCGUUUCUAAUGUAAUUCUUUUGAUCAUAACUGAGGUGCUUUGAGAUUGCAAUUGUAUUUAUUGCGUUUCUCCCUUGACACCCGUCGAAUUCACUCACUGAUUCCCUCACUGUUGCUGAUGGAGUGAAAAGGGAACGUUUGAACAGUAGAUGGCGUGUUUGAGAGGCUGCACUGCAUUUUAACAUGGCUACUAACAACCCGCCAGUGUGGCGGCACCUUGUGGAGAAACCUGUUUCUAUUUUGACAUUUUUGUAUCGUCAUUUUGUACCAAAUGUGCAAUUACGUAAACUGUAGCUGAAAGUAGCACUAAGUGUUAUGGUUUGCACUUUUGGAUCACCAAGUCUUGGAGCUGUCAAAUUAAAGUUAGACUUUUCUCACAGGUGUGUGUCUGUUUCAGUCGCACUCGCACUACAGCCACAGCAGAAACCGCCUGCCCAGGAGCUGAAGACCAACUAAAGCUAAAUGUGUCCCGCAAUGUCAGCGGUCUAGCUUGGUCGUCAUCGUAAGGUUGGUACAACAGUGUUCCCGAGGAACCUGAAAAUACACAUGACCCCCAUAGAGGCUGGGCAGAAACACAUCGGUGAAUUGAACCUGUUGGGCUCAUGGUGUCAAACUCCAUGACAAGUCAAAGUCAACUAAGUCAUCUGCACUGUGGAGAUAAUUCAUUAUUACCACAGUUAUCAUCACGUAACCACAUUUGUGGUUUCAAUGUACUGUAGUGUCCUCAAGGUUUCGUGCUGACAUCCGGUGGUGUUCAACUCCAACAUGGCUUUAAAACAGUGUCAGUGUUGCCGUGCUAUUUAGCUUUGUUGUUCCUGACUCGCUUUGCUAUAUUACAGACAGAUGUUUGCAAAAUAUUGAAACCCAGACUGUGGUGAAGUGGCGACUCGUCUGUCACGUGGUGUAGCGCCAAACAAAGGUGAUUCUUACCGCGCUGUGGUGAGCACACAUCAAGGAGCCCUCCACCACUGUCACAACUGAGCGCUCACCGAGGCCCGGACC